GUAGAUUCGUCGGCGCAGCUGAUUGGUCGCGCCAUGUUGGUAUCGAAAGCCACCGAUAUAUCGGAUUGUCAGGCCGGCGUUCGAUUGCAAUAUGGCGCGUGUUCUUUCCGGUGGACUUCGCAAGCUCGCGGCUUAAGAUCUCGUCUUCCGGCGACGUCGCGCCGACUGUCAUAAUCAGCCAGCUUCCGGAAUCGCGCACGAACAUGCGCGAGCGAGAGAGCGUGAGAGAAGGAGAGACGCACCUGCGUGACGCGCAGCUGCGACCUUCGACGCCCUUGUACCGCUGGCGACCGCUCCGGCGGGAGAGACGUAGCCGUCAUUUUUACACAAGACGCAAGUAGAGGUCCACGCGCGCGGCUACUCCGUCGUCACUUCGCUCGGCAGCUGGGGAAGAGUGUCGCGUCCGCCGGGACCGUCGUCUCCCGCCAAGUCGAGGAGGACCGGAAACGCGAAAGUGUUCCGUCGAGAGUGGUGGACGUAGUACGCGCGCGCCAGUGCCUUUUGAGAUAGUCUUCCGCGGGUGUAGAGGAGCAGGAAGACGAGAACGCUUUUCGGAGUGUCGAGCGGCGGUUCGGGCCGCGGGCCGGCAGGCCGGAGCAGCAGCUCGACCUCGCCCCCGCCUUCACCGUCGGAGGGCAGGCACGACGACAGAUCCGCCGUCCUCGAGAUGAGCAGCACAGACUCGGCUGGUAGCGCUCGCGGGCCCUCCUGCGGCCUCGUCAGUUCUCUCUUCCCUAGUAGUUGCCGUGGUCGCGCAGAAGCGUUCGCCAGACGUCUUCAUCGCCGGCUGACCUCGUUGGGCGGCGAGAACGAGCGGAACGCGGACGCCGACAAGCAGCCGCGCGAGACUUCAUGGCUACACCCAUCGUCGUCCGGCAACCGCGUAAGCACCAGCAACGGGACGACGAAUCACGUAUUUCAGCGUCAGCCGCGUCACAGCCCGGAAUCGGAUCUCUUCUAUGAGCUGGAAGACGGGCCAGGCUCGCCCGCUGAGGAAGCGACGACGGCCGCCGAGUUGGCCCAUCUGCUAAUGAACCCGGAAAUCCUCAAGGCGAAUCAUCACGAUGCCUGUCAUUGUUCGCCGAGCGGCACCAAGACUGGUGGCCUGCACCAAGAUGCCGAGACCGUGUACGCGUCGCCGAUCAACGGCACACCGCCCGACAGCGACUCCUCCGAGCUGUUCUUCGACCCGGAAUCCUCCGACACGGAGAAGCCGAAGAGCGAGGCGUACUUCGACCCUACGGACAGCGAAGUCACUCUCUCCAACUGUUCCGUCCCGUCGAAACGGACGAAUCUCGAAGACACGUCCGAGAGCUGUUCGAGGGAACAGCCCUGCGAGAACGGUGGACCGCGCGAAGAUCCCAGCUCGGAGGACUCGCAGGAAACGACGUCGCCUAGUCACGAGUCCCUGUGGAGCACCUUCGACGACAGCACGGUGUCGCUGCAAGACGACGGCAGCCCGCCUGUGCAAAUCCGCCUGCCCAAGUCGCACUCUGACUCGGAGUUGCCGACUAACGAGCUCGACAGGUGGCGCGAGGAAAACGUGGUGGACGAGGUCGACUUUGCAGCCGACGAAUCGAAAGCGGCUGAAUACCCAUUGUACCUGAAAACAGACGACACUUACAGCAGCACCAUCAAUAUCCCAAUUACGUUCACGCUGGAGUGCCCGGCCGGCGACCGGGCGAUAUCGAAAAACGAAGUGGAGCUGCAAAUCGGCGACGAUGGCGACGACGACGACGGCAAGAUGCGCCUGCUACUGACUAAGCUCAGCAGUGCGAAAGAGGAGGAGGAGGAGGAAGAGGAGUCCUCUUCGUUGGAACAAAGCGAGGCGGUAGAGGAGGAGGAGGAGGAGGAGGAGAGGCCGCAGCGUAUACGCAGAUGUUCCUCCCUGAAGACUGGCAAAACGCCGCCCGGCACACCGGGCAGGAAGAAGAUCGUCCGAUUCGCGGACGUGCUCGGCCUCGACCUGGCAGCGGUGAGGACCUUCCUGGACGAGAUACCGAGGAUACCGAAUUCCGCGUACAGCGAUUUAGUAUUCCAGAAGGACGACUUCUUCCAGAAGGACAGCAGUCCGGUGAGCAACGCUUGCGCCGCUGCUAACAGUUGGGCCGACUGUUACCAGAGUGAGAGACGCGGCUCCAGGAAGAUCGAACGUAUGCUGGUGCCGUUGUUUCAGCAGCCAGGCGGUAUGGCGAAUUUUCUGGAUCUGGUGCGCGAGCGGCGAGUCUGCCUGGAGAACGUGCUGGUGCAGAAUCCGGUGACCCUGGCGAUUCAAGGCACGGUGCGCGUCAUUAACCUCGAUUUCCACAAGUCCGUGCACAUACGUUACACCCUGAACUCCUGGCGGAACUUUAGCGACCUGCAGGCCACCUACGUGCCCAAUUCGUGCGACGGCUUCAGCGACAAAUUCUCCUUCGUUCUCUAUUGCCACACUCUGUCGAUUGGCCAACGACUGGAGUUCGCCGUGCGAUUCCAAUGCAAGGGCGCGCAAUACUGGGACAACAACGGCGGGGCCAAUUACUGCUUCCAGUGUCUGCCGGGCUCAUCGCCAGCCGGUUACAUACCGAUCACCGAAGGCAGCCGACACGUCGACUGGUCGCCGAUGUUUUAUUGAUGGUUGUCGGGGCUGCGCGUCCGCCCGAUUCGAUGACAUGACAAAGAUGCGCGAUGAGACUGAACAUAGUAGUCGAAGGGGUUGACUCGGCUUGGAUUCGAUGCUUUCUAAACGUUCCUAAGCGAGAGAAAGAGCUCCGCAACGAAGUUGUACCAACUCCCGAAGGCGUUCAAUUACUCCGGGAAGUCUGUGUGGUGAUUGAAUUCAUUCGUACGAAGCGAAUACAAAGAGCGCCUCUCGAAAUGUGUGAUUUUAACGCGCGGGGUUGAAGGGACCCCCGACGAGGAAUGCUCGUGAAUCGGUCUGUCAAUCGCGAAGGUUUCUGCGUCGUAGCAAUAUAUAUAUAUAUAUAUAUGUACAUAUAUAUAUUUCUAACGCUUUUAUAAUCUUCCAACAAGUUUCAGUGCAGUAAGUAGAUGAGGAAAUUCACUUUGCUGAAUUCUGAAACAAAGAUCGGCCGAUUCAUCAACAUUCCUUGCGAAAUGUUCUCUUGAAGAUGUUUCAUCGCUUUUUCAUUAUCGGGCGCAGUGAUAAUAUUUUCUGAAAAGGGAGAGAGAGAGAGAGAGGGGGGAAGAUCACGCAAGUACAACGAAUUUUUCACGGCCAAAACCACACAAAGUGAACAGUAACGCGAUAAACAUUUUACUGCAAAUCACAGAGAGGAAAAAUAAUAAUUGUAAAUAUAUUGAAUUUAUUAUAAAUUUAUGGCAGUUUAAGAAUCAUUGGUACGAGUCUUCGCGACGAGAGCGCGAUUAGAAUUAUCGAGAUUCAAUCGCGAUCGUCCGCAGAAGAUAUUGAUUUUCACAAUUAAUACAAUGUCUUGUAAAUAGAAGAACCGAUGUCACACACUAUAUAACUUGGCAAUAAACGAAAAGAUUGUUCAUGUUCAUGAGAACUACUUCAGCUACUACUUCAGCUAGAAUAUUCUGCCUUCGUCAUUUUGACUUCGAAAACUGGUGAUUACUGGUGACGUCAAAUGACGUCAGUUGAUCAAAUAAUACCUAAUUUAAAAUGUCUCUUUCGUGAUAUCUAAAUGUUUAUUACAUAAUUAAAUAAUUUGCUACAUAAUGACGUCAAUUUUUCGUCAUUUUCGUGUCGUAAUUUUUUGGCAACUUAUGACUAAAUUUCAACGAUAAAAUGUGCGAGAGCGUGUAGCAACGAGAGUGUGCUAGCUGAGAUCGACAGUCUUCGAUUCGUGAAACAAUAUCGACUGAUCGAUCUUCAAGAUAUCGAAACGAAAUUUUUCAAUAGCAGACACAUAAGGUAGACACCCAAGAUGUCUUACUUAUUUCCUGAAACCUCUUUUCACUUCCCGAGAGAUUAUUCGUGUUCACCAGACAGUUUUCCAAGCAAACAAUCCAUAUAUCAGAGUUGCAAGUAAUUAAUUAACCUUUUAAUUAAUUAUUGUGUUUAAUUGACGAUUAAUAUGUGUUAAUUCAAUUAAAGUUCGUUUAAUUAAUCAUUAAACUUUGCAAAAAUUAAUUAAUUUGAGAGCCGUUUGUUCGACAAUUGAACAAACUCAACCGAUUUGAAUUCGUCGAAAUCAAUUGUCCAUUAAAUGGUCUUUGAUUGAGCUGGCUCAUACUGAUCGUUAAUUGAAAAAACAUUUAAUUGAUACUUUCACAACUCUGUUAUACAUACACUGUGAAGAUACACGCACUGUAAAGAUUAUCGGAAUUGAAGGAGCGUGGAAAGCAAGAAUCUAUCCGAGAGUUCACACAGUUGCGAAAUGGCCUAAAUAGAACUAACUACGGGCAAUUCUAAGAACAUCGCCGAGAAUUCGUAUUUCGACUGCUUUCGAGAUGACAAGAAAGGCGAAAACAUGCCAGUAAAAGAAAGAUUGUAAUAUCCUUUUCUCAAUGAGUUUCCCAACCCCUCCACAUUUAAUAAAAAAAUCUGUUUACAUAUUUGUUCAAAAGUUAUGAAUAUUUUAAUCGGUGAACUCUGAUGACUUUGAUCGUGAUCAUAUGUUGUUAACCGUCGGUUUAUAUUUCAGUACUUCAGUAAUUAUAUUUAUGCUUUCAUUAAUCAUAUCUAUGCUACUUACAACAUUCACUCGUAAUUCUACAGGAAUAUUUACUAAAAGAACUUUGUAAAAAAUCAUAUCAAUGGUUUAUGCUAGGUUUCCUUCUGCGUCAGACAUGUUUACUGUUUCUUUAUGCACGUGGUAAAAAGCUUGUGGUCGUUGCAUCGGACAUUUCUUGUUAAUAACUGUUUAAUGAACACAACUAAAACCUUUUUAGCAUUAUUCAGGACAUUGUCAGCCUAUGUCAAGAUCAAGAUCACUGAAAUUCACUAGGUUCAUUAAAUGAGAUAUUUACUGAAUUAA